AUGGACGAAAUUCAUUUGUUGGCUAGUGAUCGUGGUCCCAUCUUGGAGAUGAUUGUGAGCAGAAUGAACUACAUUGCGUCGCAUACCAAGCGUCCUAUAAGACUAUUGGGGAUGUCCACUGCUGUUUCCAAUGCAGUAGAUAUGGCUGGUUGGCUAGGUGUGAAGGAGGGAUUGUUUAAUUUCCCACAGUCUGUGCGUCCUGUUCCAUUGCAAAUGUACAUUGAUGGUUUCCCCGAUAAUUUGGCGUUUAGUCCUCUUAUGAAGACUAUGAACAAGCCCGCAUUCAUGGCUAUCAAACAGCACUCUCCGAAUAAGCCAGUUUUGAUUUUCGUUGCUUCUCGUCGUCAAACAAGACUUACCGCUUUGGAGCUUAUUCACUUGUGUGGAGCCGAGUCUGAUCCACGUCGCUUUUUGAAGCUAAGCGAUAGCGAGUUGCAAGAGAUCUUGGAAGAUGUUAAGGAUGAUACUCUCCGCAUUGCUCUUCAAUUUGGAAUGGGACUUCAUCAUGCUGGAUUGGUUGAAUCCGAUAGACAAAUAUCACACAGAUUGUUUGAGUCAGGAAAGAUUCAAAUCUUGGUUGCAACUUCUACCUUGGCAUGGGGUGUGAACUUGCCUGCUCAUUUGGUGAUCAUCAAGGGAACUCAAUUUUUCGAUCCCAAAAUCGAAGCAUACAGAGAUAUGGAUUUGACUGAUAUCUUGCAAAUGAUGGGGAGAGCUGGUAGACCAGCAUUUGACACCAGUGGAACAGCAAUUGUCUUUACCAAGGAAUCGAAAAAAGUGUUUUACAAGCAUUUCUUGAACAUUGGAUUCCCUGUCGAAUCUUCGCUUCACAAAGUCUUGGACAACCAUAUUGGUGCUGAAAUUUCUGCUGGCACUAUUACCACCCGUCAAGAAGCUAUGGACUUUCUCACAUGGACAUUUCUAUACAGAAGAGCUCAUAACAAUCCUACUUAUUAUGGGAUCGAAGAUCAAUCUCAAGCUGGUAUAAGUGGGUUCUUGGGCAAUUUGAUCGAUGAAACAAUUGAAAACUUGAAAGAGUCAAAGUGUGUGAUAACGAAGGGAGCAGAUGAAUUGGAGCCCACUGGGUUUUUGCACAUCUCCUCUUACUAUUAUCUUUCUCACAAAACCAUGCGUAACCUCGUCUCGAGAAUUCAUAAAGACACUUCUUUCCGUGAAUGUCUCAGACUACUUUGUGAAGCGGUUGAGUAUGAUGAACUAGCCACUAGACACGGCGAAGAGUUGAUAAACAUGGAGAUGUCUCAAUCAAUGAGAUAUUCUGGUGAAGAUAUGCAAAAAGAAUUUAUAUGGGACCCCCAUGUCAAAGCUUAUUUACUCAUUCAAGCAUUUAUGAGCAGAGUUGAGCUUCCUAUUGCUGACUAUUCGCAGGAUACGAUUUCUGUGCUUGACCAAGCACUUCGUAUUCUCCAAGCAUAUAUCGACGCAGCGGCUGAAUUGGGGUACCUCGACUCGGUGUUGAUGUUCAUUAAGUUGAUGCACUGUAUCAAACAGAGAUACUGGUACGACGAUAACCCAGCCACGGCAUUACCAGGACUCACAUUGAACCAAGAAUUUGGCAAGUAUACGUUACAGGAAUUGGGUAACAUGAACAAGGGUAAACAUGAGCAAAUAUGCCAUAAAUUCGAUGUGAACCGCCAACGGUAUCUUGACACAUUUGGACAAGAUAAUAGGGAAUGGAGUACAGAGGCCGUGAGGUCAGAGUUUUUGAAGAUUGUCUCUCAUCUUCCUACCGCCAAUAUGAACGUUUCAUACCUGGAAGAUUCGAUCUUAACAGUUGAGCUCGAACAUAAUAAUUUCCCAUUGACGAAAGAGUUCAAAAUGUACUGUCCACAUUUCCCCAAAGCCCAAAGAGAGUCUUGGUUUGUUAUAGUGGCUGACGAAAGUACCAGAGAAUUGCUCUUGCUUAGCAGGGCAAGCCCCAAGAUGGUUGGGCGUAAAGGAAAAAUUACUUGUACGCUUGACAUAGAUGAUGAAGUUGCCGGAAGGGACGUCACUGUGUUGUGUAUUAAUGAUGCAAUGGACAUCCAAUAUUCCAAAAAGUAUACGCUUAAAUAG